UGAAAUAGGAAGGAAGGAAAGGAAAGAAGGGAAGGAAAGGAAAGGAAAGGAAAGAAGGAAGGAUUUAAACUUUGCAGUAUCUCCUUUCCCGAAAAUCUAGCGGUUCGCAGGCGGAAAGGAUGCUGACCCCACAGCGAGGCGACCCUUUGAUCCUGUCCAGCCGCCCUGGGGGGGAUCCUGAGCGGCGGGAGACGCUCGACGGCUUGUCCCCCUUCGGCUGCCAUAGUCAGAGCAGACACGUGGCCGUGGGAGCGCAGGGGCGGCGCUACAAUGUAACUGGCGGAUGAAGCGCUCGGCUACGACGUCCUGGCUUCCGAGGCUUUGAUCUCGCUCUGGAGGUUGCCCCCGACAAGGACCAUGGAGCGGAUGGGGAGCUCCGAAGUUUCCAAAUGGAACAUCCGAAACAAAAUCUGGGAUUACAUGGAAGCCCAUAACCUGGCUGAUUUUCCAAGACCGGUCCACCAUCGGAUUCCCAAUUUCAAGGGCGCUUCUCUUGCCUCGGUGCAAAUUCUAGAUUUGGGGGAAUUCCAAAGUGCCAGGACAGUUAAAGCCAACCCUGACUCUCCCCAGAAGGACAUCCGCUUUUUAACCCUGGAAGCCAGGAAAACCCUCCUGGUGCCCACCCCCCGUCUGCGUACAGGGCUGUUCAACAGAAUCGUGCCUCCUCCCAGGGCCACUAAGGAGACCCUAAGAAAAUGUGCAACCUCCCAAGGUGUCAGAGGUUAUAGUGUCCCAGUAGGGCUAGAUGCAAAAGUCCACGUGGACCUGAUUGUGGUGGGAUCAGUGGCUGUCUCUGAGAAAGGCUGGCGGAUCGGGAAAGGAGAAGGCUUCGCGGACAUGGAAUAUGCCAUGAUGGUUUCUAUGGGAGCCGUAGGGCAGAGGACGGUGGUCAUCACAGCGGUCCAUGACUGCCAGGUAGUGGAUAUUCCAGAAGAGCUUCUAGAUGACCAUGAUCUAACUGUGGAUUAUAUCCUUACCCCAACAAGGAUCAUCAAGACAGAAUGCAAGCGGCCGAAACCUUGGGGAAUCAUGUGGCAUAAGAUCAGCCAGGAAACUCUGAAGAAAAUCCCAGUCCUCAGGAUUCUUCACGGCAGAGAGAAGCUGGAAGGCAAAACUGUUCUCCUCAAAGAUGAAUGGCCUGAGGUUUUGAGGGCUAGGAAGACACCGAGAGUAGCCAAUGAGAAUGUUCCAGAAGGCAGCUGGUCACAGGCAGAGACCGGCUUGGCCCAGCCAAGGGGAGAAGAAGGGGCUUUAUCAGAUGAAAGAGGCCACCUCAGUGUUCCUGCCACCGUCUACGUGGGCAACAUCUCCUCUGGAACCAGAGUGAGUGACUUAAAGGAGGCCCUCAAAAAGCACCACGUGACUCCGGCAAGGCUCUCCUGGCGAGGCGCACAUCACCAAGCCUUCCUCAGCUACGGUGAUCAAUCCAAGGCUGAAGAGGCCAUCACAGCUUUGCAAGGCUUAACUCUCCAAGGGCGUUUGCUGCGGGUGGAAUGGGCCAGGAACCAGUCGGGCAAAAUGGCUCCUAGUCCCCGUUAGCGGAGAAGGACCUGCUGAAACAGAUGCCAGUUUGAUAGCAAAAUGGCAGCCAGCCAAGAGUUUGAUGGGGCGGUCUACCAGAGAUGAGGCUGUGCUACAUCUGGGCGGUUUGAUUAUUUAUAUGACAGCUGUUUUCUUGGCCUUUUGACUUUUUCACACCAUUAGGUGGAGAAGGUGUAGUGAAGUUGUAGAGCAGAUUAGGGCAACACCUGUAAUCUUCUGGAUAGAGUUCACUUGAAGCUCCCAACCUCCUUCACGAGUGGACAUGUUUUCUGGAGAAGGGCUCUGAUUUGUAUUUGUCCGCACACACACACAUUACAAAGCAACACCA